AUGAGUCCACGGCGAGAUAUGGGGCCGCUUCAAUGCGUGGGACUCAGCGCGCUUCUGCUGUGCACAGUGGUGAACAGCAAGGUGAUUCUAGAGGGCCUGCAGAGGUACGGCCCCAUGCCCAUCUAUCUGCCUGUCAGCUACCGGAUCCUCAAUGCUGAGUCAGCUUUCUUCCUACAGGAGGCAAACCAGGACUUAAUGAGGAACUCCAGCCUGCAGGCUCGCACAGAGUCCUUCUUCAUCCACCAGGCUCGGCAGAUGCCCAUUGUCAAUGCUAGUUAUGGACCCCUCUCUGUCCAGCAGCCUGUCCCUCUGGAAAUGCUCCAGACCCAGCCGGGGCCCUUCAACACACCCUCCUUUACUUCAUCUGUGCCAACAUCAGUGUCAACAUCGCCUCUCUUUACAUUCAACUGGAAUGUCCACACUUAUAUUAUCAGUGAGAGGAUUCACCCCAGUUGGCCAAAGGUUCAAGUGUUGUUCUAUGUAGCAGGGAGGGACUGGGACGAUUACAGCACCAUCCACAAGCUGCCCUGCAUCAGGAUGUUUGCCUUCCAUGAGACUCAAGAAGUGCGUGGGACGUGCAGGCUAAAAGGUGAACUGGGGUUAUGUGUUGCUGAGCUGGAGCCUCUGGCCAGCUGGUUCAGCCCACCCACUGUCAGACCAGGUAGGCAGAGGGUUUCUGAGCAGGCCCAGGGCACCCCUGUGGAGCUCUACUACAUGGUUCAAACCACAGACAGUGGAGACUGUAGCUCAGAGGACUUGAGAAAAGGCAGCUCUGUCCGCACGGACCAGCAGAGGCCGAUGGGCUAUUUUGCAGGGCACACACCUAUGCAGCGCAUUGGGAGUGUCAGGCUGUUUCAGCCCUUGUCAGAGCUGAAGCUGGACAAUAACUUUGUGGUGAUGGUACCCUCCAAACCCAUCCGGCAGAGGGAAACGGUCUCUACUUUUCUGGCUCUGUCCACACUUUCUUCAGUGCAAAUCUUCACCCUCAGGGUCAAGCUGAAGGAUGGAGUUGCUUUCCUUGGGGCCAGUGCCAGUAACCCAGUUGUGUGGACGGUGAGCCAGGAUGUCAGAAGUGAAGGUCACAGAAUUGUCACCCUUCAUUGUCGGCGGAAGGAGAGUAGUUUUAGUCAAAGAAUGGAGGCGGCAGGCUACCAGCGCAUACUGCAGGUUGACCUGGAGGUGAAUGGACUGAUGAUGACUCUGGGGGGCAGGGAGGUGACGUGGCAGGUGGAGUAUCCACUCACACGCAUGCUGACCAGUGAGGUGGUGACCCUCAUCUGCCUGGCACCGCAGGACCUCGGCGGCAUCGUGCCACUAGCCAUGGACACAGAGAUCCUCAACACGGCUGUCCUCACUGGGCGUACGAUCGCUGUGCCUGUGAAGGUGGUCACAGUAGGAACAGACGGAGCGGUUUCUGAUGUAACUGAGUCAGUGGAAUGCAAGUCAACAGAUGAACAGGUUAUCAAGAUGUCAGAUAGAUGUGACUAUGUUUAUGUCAAUGGAAAAGAGACAAGAGGAAAGAGCAGGGUGAUGCUCAACUUCACCUACAGUUUCCUGAGUGCUCAGCUGGAGAUGAGUGUAUGGAUGCCCCGUCUGCCCUUGCUCAUCGACGUGGCUGACCCUGAGCUCAGCCAGAUCAAGGGCUGGAGGGUCCCUGUUACUACUGGAAGCAGAAGGUAUGAGAGGGUCACUGAUGACAGGAGCAAUGGUGAUGCAGCAGAGCAAAGAACAGACAACGCUUGUGUGGCCCAGUAUCAGAGCACCAGCCUGCGUGUCCUCACACACUUUGUGGCAGAUAACGGAGAAGUUAGAGGUGCUGCGGAGGACGACAGACUAGGCCAGCAGAACUUCCUUCUGGGUAGUGACUGGCAGGUGGAGGUGACACAGCUGGUCAAAGAUUUUCUGAGGGUGCAGGACCCAAAGGUUGCCCAGCUGCUGGAAGGCCAAAUCAUAAUAGGACAGAGUGCUGGAACCACCAAACUACAGGUGCUGUCCCCUUUGACGGCAUUGGUCCUGGCUGAGAGGAGCAUCAGGGUGGUGGAUGAUAAAGUGAGUGUGACAGAGCUGGGGGUGCAGUUGGUAUCUGGACUCUCUCUGUCCCUGCAGCUCAGCCCGGGAAGCAACAGGGCCAUUGUGGCCACUGCAACCACACAGGAAGUCAUUGAAUCGCUCAAGCAGGAGUCCCUCAUCAGUGCUUGGCUCCAGUUCAGUGAUGGCUCCAUGACUCCCCUAGACAACUACAACCCUGCCCAUUUUAUUCUGUCAGCCACAUCUUUGGAUGAGCAGGUGGUGUCGGUGCAGCGCAGUGCAUCAUGGAAGUGGCCCAUCAUAGUUUCCAAGGGAGAGGGUCAAGGUUUGCUUGUGCGUGUUGAAAUGAGCCCAUCAGAGGUGUGCCAGAAGGGAAAACGGCGCACUGUCUUAGCUACUGGAAUGGCAAACAUACAGGUACGGUUUGGUCAGCCAGAGGACCAAUACAGGCAAGCAGGAGACAGGAGAACACGGCCCGAUCCUCCUUAUUACGGUGGAUCUAUCUCGGACAUGGAAACCGGGUUAAUCAACCGUGGAGCCACUACCAUCAGGGGGCAUGUCCCAGUGAGGCCUAAUGGGGGUCGUCUGUCAGCGGACAGCGGGGCAAGGGUCCCAAACGAAUUCUCUGAAUAUCCAGACCAGGCUGAGCUGCCUCGGAGCCGCAGCACUGAUGAGGACUUGUUACCAUCACGACGAGGCCUGACAGACCUGGAAAUUGGUAUGUAUGCCCUGCUGGGAGUCUUCUGCCUGGCUAUCCUGGUUUUUCUCAUUAACUGCAUCUCUUACGCAUAUAAGUACCGCACCAAGCACCUGUCCAUGGAGGCCCCAGAGGCAAUGCCCCAUGCCCACGACUGGGUUUGGCUAGGCCAAGAGGAGGGCCUGUGUCUGCAGCAACAGCAGCAGGACGAGCUGGGAGGUACGCUUGAGGAAGGUAGUCAACUAUUAAAUGGAGGCCUCCAGCGUGGUAACACUGGUGUUGGUGGAUGUAGCUCAAGUGGGAGGGAUCACAAGAAUGAGUCACUUAACUCACCAACCACCAAGAGGAAGAGGGUGAAGUUCACCACCUUUUCUAAUGUCAAGUCCAGUAAUGGAUGUCCUGUUCUCAGCCCAUUAGCACUAGUGCAAACCAGCGAGAUAAAAUGGGUAUGUCCGGACAUUGAGCUUGGGGACUCAAAGGAUCUUAGGAACUACAUGGACAAGCUGAAUGAGAAUGCAAUUAAGAACAUUGCAUAG